CACGUGGCGAGAGGUAUUUUCUGCUCCGUAACAUUUUCGGGCUGAGCAACGACCUCCAGGUUCUCUGCAGGCCCCAGUCCUGCUUCAGCACUUUACUUCCUCUUUCCCCUUGGACUCAUCCGGGAUAUACACAUAGAACUCCUCAGCAUAUUCUUUUUGACUUUUGGACUCCUCGGUGUCUUUCGUUCUACUUGCUUGCAUCCAUACCAAAGCCACGCCAGUACCACACAGCAAAGUCUAAUCGGAUAGAUCAUUUAUUUUCACUCUUUCACUCUUUGUAUCCACAUCGAUGUCUCCUGUCUCAAUGCCUGUAGCUUCAGAUUCUCAGUUUGGUUCUCUCUUAGAUGCGCUGCGUACGGCGCCCACAGCACCAGAUGCCAAAGCCGCUGCUGACCGCCUUGCCCGGCAGGUAGCUAAAGCUGGUUACGAAAACUUUGAAGAUUCAACCAUUUUGUCCAGUCUUCAUGGUUUCGCCAAUAACAAGAAAUCCGGGUAUGAACGCGAAUCCGCCGCCUUGGCUUUCCAAUCGAUUGCAGGAGCACUUGGUCCAUCUGUUGGCCCCAUCCUUCUACCGUCUCUUCCUGUUCUGUUCGAUCUUUAUAUGGACAAAGGCGACGUUGUCCGCAAUGCUGCAGCUGCGGCUACCAAGGCGAUACUGAAACUUUUCCCUCCCGAAUCUGCUCGCAUCGUAUUCCGUACACUCGAGGAUAUCAUUGACAAGGGAAAAUGGCGCACAAAAGUCGGUGCGCUUGACGCCAUGAAGAGUUUCGUCAACUCUGCCCGCGAUGCCGUCGCCAAUGAGCUCGCCACGACUCUGCCAAAGGUCGAAGCGGCUAUGCAUGACACCAAGGCAGAGGUUUCUUCCGCUGCAGUCAAAUGUGCUACCGCGUUAUGCACGACCCUCGCCAAUGCCGAUCUCAGCCCUCACAUUCCUACCCUGGUCAAGUGUAUGGCGAACCCCGAUUCCGUCCCCGGCUGUAUUAAAGCACUUUCUUCGACUACUUUUGUGGCUGAAGUUACCGCUCCCGCUCUUGCCGUCCUUGUCCCUCUUCUCAUCCGUGCUUUGAACGAUCGUAGUAUGGAGGUUCAACGCCGAACAGUGGUUGUCGUUGAUAACCUUGUGAAAUUGGUGCGCGACCCCAGCAUCGCAGCCACUUACCUCAACUCUUUGGUCGAGGGCGUCGAGAAGAUCGCUAAGGGUGCUGCGUUCCCAGAGGUUCGUGCCUUCGCGGAAGCAGCUUUGAAUACCCUCCUCAAGGCGGGUGCAUCAAAAGAUGGCCCCCCUCCUCCUCAUCGCGAUCUUGAAGCGGAAACUCGAGAUGUCAUGGUCGCCCUGUUAACCCUCCUCCCCACCGAACUCGUCGUGGUUUCUGCAUCCAAACCCAAUGGACCACAUACACCUAAACACCCUCUUCUCAACCGGACGCUUGAAUUCAGUUCGUCACUCAUUGCCGAUCUUGUCUAUCGCAGGCGUUUCUCAGAUGUUGAGCUUUGGAAUCGUUGCCUUGGUGUAUAUGUCGCUCCUUGGCUUUCGGGCGGCGCUGAAGAAGGCGCGAAAGUCGCUGAGCAAGUCCGUCAGCACUUCCUUGCGAUCGACAAGGCCAAUCAUGCUUCCGCUUUGACUGGUGAUAGUGAAGAGGGUGAAGUUCUGUGCGACACCCUAUUCUCCCUUGCCUAUGGAGCCCUCCUCCUGCUCUCGCACACCAGGCUGCGUCUCAUACGUGGACGACGAUACGGUAUCCUCGGAACCAACGGUUCCGGCAAAUCUACCUUGAUGAGGCAGCUCCGCGAUGGGAAGGUCGAAAACUUUCCCCCGCAAAGUGAAUUACGCUGCGUGAUGGUAGAGCACUCACUCCAGGGUGAGGAUACUUCCUUGUCCGUGAUUGAUUUUAUUGCUUCCGACAAAGCAUUGGCUGAUGUUCCUCGGGAGAAGAUCCGAAGCCAGUUGCUUGAAGUUGGCUUUGAUGACGCCAGACAAUCCGAGCUUGUCGGUGGUUUGUCUGGUGGAUGGAAGAUGAAGCUUGAGUUGGCUCGGGCGAUGUUGUAUCAUGCCGAUCUCCUUCUCCUUGAUGAGCCCACUAACCAUUUGGAUCGUGCGUCCGUGAAGUGGCUCGAAAAGUAUCUUAUGGCGCAGAAGCGCGUUACAUGCCUAAUUAUUUCUCAUGACUCUGGCUUCCUAGAUAAUAUAACAACAGACAUCAUACAUUACGAGAGCAAGAAGCUCGUUCAUUACCCCGGCAACCUUUCAACCUUUGUGGAGAAACAUCCUGAGGCGAAGUCGUACUAUACCCUGGCCGCAACAUCGGUCAAAUUCUCCUUCCCUCCUCCUGGGUCUCUCAUGGGCGUUCGUAGCAACACUCGUGCUAUCCUCAAGAUGACAAACUGUACUUUUACCUAUCCUGGGAGGUCGACACCCAGUUUGUAUAAUGCUAGCUGCGCAUUGUCACUGUCAAGCCGAGUUGGUAUCAUUGGUCCUAAUGGUGCUGGCAAAUCAACUCUGGUCAAGUUGCUCACUGGUGAGACGGAGCCUCAGGAAGGCACUGUCUAUAAGCAUCCGGCUCUUCGUAUUGGAUAUGUUUCCCAACAUGCUACUCACCAUAUCGAACGGCAUCUCGAGAAGACUCCCAUCCAGUACAUUCAAUGGCGUUUCCAAGACGGACAUGAUCGCGAAAUUCUUGAAAAGACCACUCGUAUUCUUACUGAUGCCGAGAAGGCCCAACUCGAAGUUGAGUUUGUUGGUAAAAAUGGCCAGCGACGCAAGUUGGAGAUGAUCAUGGGUCGCCAGAAGUUGAAGAAGUCGUUGCAAUAUGAAGUGAAGUGGCGAGGAUUUGACCACAAGUUCAACACUUGGAUUCCUCGUGAUGAACUGUUGCAGAAAGGCUUCACGAAAGUCGUGCAACAGUUCGAUGAUCUCGAAUCCUCCCGUGAAGGUGCUGGUCAGCGUGAUACUUCCGCUCAUGUCGUCCGAAAGCAUCUGGAAGAUAUCGGUUUGGAUGGCGACAUCGCGCAAUACAAUGAGAUUUCUGGCCUUUCAGGAGGACAAAAGAUCAAGCUUGUAAUUGCUGCAUGUCUGUGGAACAAUCCUCAGAUUUGCGUCCUUGAUGAACCUAGUAACUUCUUGGAUCGCGAGGCAUUGGGUGGGCUAGCCGUCGCCAUCCGUGAUUGGGCUGGCGCAGUGGUGAGUGUCCUGUUACACGUUGGUUGCAAGUCGGAAUGGAGAACUGAUUACCUUUGCAGGUCAUUAUUUCUCACAACGAAGAGUUUGUGACCGCGCUCUGUAAGCACCAUUCGCUGUGGCACAGUUAAGCCUCGGACUGACUUGUUCCUCGUUGUGCCUUACAGGCCCCGAAAUAUGGAACGUUGAUGCCGGACGCAUGACGUUCAAGGGCAAGGCUGCUGUUGUCGAAGAUGCGUUCGCAGAUGGUAAAACCCCUAAAGGUAGUGGCGCGAAUACGCCCGCACGUUCACGCCUUCAGUCGCCUGCUGUUUCGGCACACGCCACUCCAGCAGGAAGUGGAGCAGAAGGCGAGGCUUCCGCGGGCACGCCUCCUCUCAGGAAGAAGAAGAAGAUGACACGUAACCAGCUCAAGGCUCAAGAGGAGCGUAGGAAGGCCAGAAAGCUGAACUGGUUGACAUUUGGUGGUCCGAAGCCCGAGGACACGGACAGCGAUGACUGAGCGAAAUUAUUGCCUCCGUAUCUAUAUCUUUACGAUAAUGACAUUAGACUUUUUUUUGGCUUUGAAUGUCGCGGUGAAUCGCGAGUGGUCUUUUACCCAGCGACUGGCACUCUUCUCGCAUGUCAAUCACUGCAGCGAAGCAUCUGGGUAGGCACGUCCACGCCUCCUACAAGUGCCGUUGAAGCGCCCGCUAUAAUGGGUCACAAACACGGGCACGCUUGAGAUCUUUG